UAUUAGUUCUUCCAUACUUUCCGCACCUCUGACCUCUCUCUCUCUCUCUGUCUGUCUGUGGAAAAACUCUCCUAGGGCUUCUUGAGGACUAUCAUAGCAAUAUAGCUGCAAUUAAAAUUUGAGGUUGUUGAGGUGAAGUUUCUACUGGAUUUUUGUCCAGUAGAAAAUAAUGGAUCCACGACUUGGUGGAAUUUCUGCUUCUACAAAUGCAACCCAAUUGGGGAAUCAAUCUGUGUCCCUUUUUCCAGAUCAGAAACUAGUUAGUGGACCUAGAUUUGAAACUAUUUUUUGGGAUCGGAGACUAAUUGAUGGAUCUAGAUUUGAAAAUACUUUUCCAGUUCACAAUUUGGGACGAAUUCAAUCUCUUCCGUAUAAUCCACCUUUGAGUAAUUCUGUUCCAAAUUUGAGUAUAAGUGGCGAGGAAGAAGACUGUGAUUUGUCGGAUGCAGUUUUGGGAUAUAUAAGCCAGAUGCUUAUGGAAGAAGACAUGGAAGAUAAGACAUGUAUGCUUCAAGAGUCUUUGGAUCUCCAAGCUAAAGAGAAGUCAUUCUAUGAGGUUCUUGGCAAGAAGUACCCACCUUCACCCGAACCACACCUGACUUAUGUUGAUCAGAAUUGUGAGAACCCAGACGAUUAUUUCUCUGGACAUCACAACAAUUACAUUUGUAGCAGUAGUAAUGGUGGUGAUUACUUAGUUGAUCGUAGCUUAAUUGAUUUGAGCUGGAACAACUCUCCAGCUGAGUGCAAUAACUCUCAAUUUCAAAGUCUUCUUGCAUAUACUUCUUCCUACUCAUCUGCUAGCUCAUCAAAUAGCUUAAACAAUAUUGGGUUUUUGGAUUCUCCUAUAAGUCCCCUUCAGGUUUCUGAUUUAUAUAAUGAGAGCCGAUCUAUUGGGCAGUUCAGAAGAGGGGUCGAAGAAGCAAAGAAAUUCCUUCCACAUGGCAAUGGAUUGUUACCUCUGGAGCUGAGGGGAAAAACUAGUGAAAUGGUGGUCAAGGUGGAGCAAAAAGACGAGGGAGAGUACUCACCAACUAGGCGGAGGAGUAGGAAGAAUCCUCAAAGGGAGAAUAUAGGAUUAGAAGAAGAGAGAAGUAGCAAGCUGGCAGCUGUUUAUGAAGAAUCCACUGUUCGGUCAGAUGAGUUUGAUUUAGUCUUGCUUUGUAGUAUGGGUGAAGGUGAGGCAGCCUUAACAGCAUAUCGCAAAAGCUUGCAGGAUAAAACAAACAAGAAUAUGCAGGAGAAUGGACAGCCAAAAGGAUCCAGUGGAGGAAAAGGUCGUGGUAAGAGGCAAAACAGGAAAAUGGAGGUAGUGGAUUUGAGAACUCUCCUGGUUCAUUGUGCACAGGCUGUAGCUGCUGAUGAUUGUAGGACAGCAAAUGAACUGUUAAAAGAGAUCAGGCAGCAUUCUUCUCCUAUUGGUGAUGGGAAUCAAAGAUUGGCUCAUUGCUUUGCCAAUGGUCUUGAGGCACGCUUGGCUGGCACUGGUAGUCAGAUUUAUAAAGCUCUUGUUAGUAAGAGAGCAUCGGCUGCUGAUUACUUGAAAGCUCACCACCUGUACCUCGCGUCGUGCCCAUUCAGGAAGAUUUCACACAUGGCCUCAAACAGGACAAUAAUGUCAAAAGUGGAGAAUGCGAUGAGGGUCCAUAUCAUAGAUUUUGGUAUCCUCUAUGGUUUCCAGUGGCCCACCCUUAUUCAACGCAUUUCAUCAAGAGAGGGUGGGCCUCCAAAACUUCGCAUUACUGGGAUAGAAUUUCCGCAACCUGGAUUCCGCCCAGCAGAGCGAAUUGAGGAGACAGGACGUCGCUUAGCAGCUUAUGCCCAGAGUUUCAAAGUGCCUUUUGAGUACAAUGCUAUAGCGAAGAGAUGGGAGUACAUCAAACUUGAGGAUCUUAAGAUUGACAAGGAUGAGUUUCUUGUCGUCAACUGUUUGUAUCGAUCUAAAAACUUACAUGAUGAGACUGUUGACAGUUCAAGAAAUAAUGUUAUCAACCUGAUAAGGAAGAUUAAUCCAGACAUAUUCAUCCAUGGUAUUGUCAAUGGAGCCUUCAGUGCCCCAUUCUUUGUCACUCGGUUCCGGGAGGCUCUGUUCCACUUCUCCGCACUCUUUGAUAUGCUUGAAACAAACGUACCCCGUGAGCAUGAUGAAAGGAUGCUCAUUGAGAGAGAAAUCUUUGGUAGGGAAGCGUUGAAUGUUAUAGCUUGUGAGGGCUGGGAGAGAGUUGAGCGGCCAGAGACAUACAAGCAGUGGCAAGUCCGUCAUCUGAGGGCAGGCUUCACGCAAAUUCCUUUUGACAGGGAGAUCAUGGAACUAGCAACUUAUAAAGUAAGGUCAAGCUACCACAAGGAUUUUGUGAUUGAUGUAGACGGCCAGUGGAUGUUGCAGGGAUGGAAAGGGCGGAUAAUUUAUGCCCUUUCUUGUUGGAAACCUGUAUAGGGACUUGAGGGAUUGUACGAUUCACCUCUGGAUUCUUACAUAGUUGCAUCUACAAUUAACUAUUCAAAGGUAGAUAGCUGAUUUUGAUGGUGAACUACUUCUGGAUACGGUUGAUAAUUUGGUGAAUGCUUAUUCAUUUGAUAAUGUGGUAAGGUAAGUACUGUGACAUGCAUAUGAUGAUGAUUAAAAUCUAACAUAUACAGAAGGAAGCUGCACUAACACAACCCAAUGCGAGUUAUGAGAGCCAUUUUUGCUGCAGCAGUUGUUGUUGCUGUUUAAGGCUUCUCUCUCCAUGUUUAGAUGUGUCUGUGCUUGGGAGCCCACCAUCCUUCUUUUUCUGGGUGUUCUGAGUUGUGUAAUUCUGAUGACAAUGUAAAACAUUACACACAUGAAAAGGGUUCGAGUUACAGGGAGUUUCUAUGUGUUUGUUGUUUCUCUUUACCUUGCGGUCUUGUUUAACUGCUGCAUGAAAGGAGCAGUACUGUUUGUGGGCGAUUGGGUGCCCAUUCCGGUGCAA